UUGGGCCGUGGGUGUCGGACUGUCGCAUGCGGAGGACCGUGGCUGCCUUUAGUGGGCCCACUCCGGCCUCAGUUCAGCCACCGUGCGGCUCGCGUCAGUUUUGAUCGAAGCCUGGGAUCCGGGUACAUCAACAUGGAGCUGCAUCUGCUGCUGGCGGCCUGUCUGCUGUUCGGCAGGAUCAUGAUGACGCAUCAGACCACUCACAUGAAUUCAGUGUCGACAUUCUUGUUCGCUCCCCGCGGGCCGCAGAUGUUCCCGUGUCUUACUUACCUAGAGCGAAAUGUCAGGGUGGACUGUGAGUUCCCACCCACCGACCAGGUCCCUGGUCCCUACUGUGAGUAUCGGCAGGACAGCCGGCUGGUGGGCAGCACCUACCCAAACGCCGUCACCUAUGUGUCCACAGAGGACCGCAGGAGGAGCAACGUAAGCCUGGUCCUUCCUAACCUGUGCCGCCUGACCUGGGCCCCGCUGGCCGAUGAGAAGCCGUACACCUACACCUGCAGGGUUUACCAGGGCAGCGGCUGGAAGGAGAACAGCAUGGCUGUUCAUCACCGACAUCUCCUGAUCUGCUCCGCCGUUAGUGUUCUGUUCAAAUCGGCGCCGUGGAUGUUGUCAUUGGUGAUGUCACUUCCUGUGGCGGUGGGUCUUCUGUGCCCUUGAGCUCUCAGUUAAAACUCAGUGGGCCUUCCAUGGCUUUGACUCACUCUGGUUUGGUGGUUGCCCAAUGCCUCAAUGCGAUAUAAUUUUAUUUAUAAUAAUAUGUACAUUUUUAGAGUUUAGAGACCAUGAAGAUCCAUCUAACUGAAUUGGACUGAAUUAAACCAACUUCAUAGUAUGGGAAAAAAAUAAAGAAAUAUAAAGAUAUUUGAAAGCUUUUAUGUAACGGAUAUCACUGUAACCACUGAACACGCUGUUGUACAGAGCUACAGAAAAGGGUACAAAUCAUAAGAUCAAAUGUCACUAUAAGCAAACAAAACAGUGAGUAUGAUGGCAAUUAUAAAUAAGAGAUAAGCCAUUUUUAAAAGCAUUGUCUUCAUCAUCAUUUUCUUGUAAAUGGUUAGAUUCUAUCUGGAUUAAAAUAUUUUAUGAAAUAAAAGAAUAUUCAUUUUGCAGGGUUUGAUAAUUUAUCAUUUAAAUACAAUCUGAUGCUUCUUAUAGAUUUAUAUUCCUACUUAUUGAAGUGAUCAAGACUACUUACUUUAAUGAUAUCUACUGAAAUUAGAGGUGGAGAACGUCACUCUUUUCAGCACUUAAGUUCUUUAACUUAACUGUUAGAGGAGGUAGAAAUGGGCUCCCUCCUGAUUUAAGACACUACUAUAUAGAGUCAUUGAUCAGCUGCUCAUAAUCUUAUGUUGCUCUAAUACAGAAUUCAACCAAGAGAUGCAUUCAGGUACAUGUUAUCAUAGUAAUAGAAAAACUGCUCAGACACUGCCUUUUCCGCUGAAAUUGGGCCUCUCUCAUACCUCCUUUACCUUAAACUAAAUAUUGUAGUCACUGUACAUUGGACUGCACAGUCACGUUAAUUUCAGGUGGUUGCAUUAAAAAAAAGAAACAAAAGCACUUUUCUAUUCCCUCUUGAACAGUGAAAUGAACAAUACCUAAGGGGCGGACAUGACUGACCCUCAGACUCCGUAGUUGCUGGUGUACCAUGUUUCUCUGCUUGCAUUGAUGCUUCGCUGUCCCGCCUAAAGAGACAAACCAUGGCAUGACUGGCUCGACUGUUUAUGAGAACCAUUUCCGCAACCUUUGAUUAGCAGCAUCUGUCGGUUUAACGAAUUGACAAACUGUCAGAAAGACAUUUCCUGCACUGCAGUUGCUCACUUCAAUGUGAAUGUGCAUCACGUGUGUAUACUAUGAAAGCUUAUGUAACAUUUUCACUUUGAUUUAUCACGUUUGAUGUGUACACACCUUCCAUGGGGCCUUUCUAGCCACCAUUGUGCUGCUUGUUUGUUUAAACUUGAUGGAGAUGAAUCAUCAUUCUCAUUUAUUGUCAUAUUCAACAGUGACUUUAUCUGCAGUAUUUACUUUUUUUUUCUUUGUUGUUAUUUUCAGAUGCUGUUCUACUCUGUAUAAGUAGCCCUGUUAUUAAAGAAGUCUUUAUAUUUUUUCAAGUCAGCUUGAUUUGGUUUAUUUAUUCAACCACUGUCGGUGCAAUAUAUUGUAUAACCAAGUUCCAACAAAUAAAGGUUAUGCAAUGCC